GUACAUCGUAUCGUAGCUUCGCUGGCUGCGGUGAUGAUUUGGACCGCAUCGGGAACAAGGGUCGACAAUUUUGAUUUUUCGAUACGAUUUCAUUUUAAUAGUGAAGUAGAUGUCACUCCUGGAUUUCUGAAAUAAUCGACAGUCUGCAAUCAAGGCUCUGAAGGUUUGACAUCCAGGGUUGUGCGAAGCAACCGUGUGUUAAAGGACAACCAGGUGGUUCAAGAGUCUUCAGCCGAAGGGUCACCACCACCAACCUCAGAAUGGAUGGGAAUGGCUCUGAACUUAUGGACGGAGAGGACAAAUGCUCCGCCCUUGGUCUCAUCCUCCCUCUGACCGACGAGUCGGGAUGGAACCACGGCUUCCGAGCCUUCAUCUACCUGCUCGGUCUCCUCUGGAGCUUCAUGGGCGUGGCCAUCAUCGCCGACAUCUUCAUGUGCGCCAUCGAGGUCAUCACCAGUAUGACCAAGAAGCUCAAGAUCGUCAACAACGCCGGUGAGGUGGAAGAGGUCGAAAUCCGCGUCUGGAACGACACAGUAGCCAACCUCACCCUCAUGGCUUUGGGGUCCAGCGCCCCGGAGAUCUUACUCUCCGUUAUUGAGAUCGCAGGAAACGGGUUCCAGUCGGGACCCCUGGGACCGAGCACCAUCGUCGGGUCGGCCGCCUUCAACUUACUCAUUAUCACUGCUGUUUGCAUCAUGGGUAUACCCGAAGGGGAGACGAGACGAAUCAAGAGGAUAAAAGUGUUUGCUGUCACAACAAGUUUCUCUCUUUUUGCGUACAUCUGGUUAUACAUCGCUCUUCAGGUUAGUUCGCCCAAUGAAGUGGAACUCUGGGAAGCAGUGUUAACCUUCAUCUGUUUCCCUCUCCUCGUUGUCGGGGCCUACAUCAUCGACAAAGAAUUCUGCGGGAAGAAAGAGCAUGAACAAGACAUGGAGCUCGGUCUCGAACAUACUAAUGCUGGACGAUAUCAAGCAAGCUGGUCUCCACUUGGAGCUCCUGGAGCUUCGUACCUCACUGCCGGCCACAUCGACAAGGAAGCCGUCGGCGAGUUCAUGAAGGAGAUCGGCAAGCACCCCGACCUGGACGAGACGACCAUCGCCAAGCUCCUGGCCCUAGAGUCACAGCAGCAUGAGCACCACUCCCGCGGUUGGUACCGUAUCAACGCUUCCCGUUCCAUGGCUGGUAGACAGAAGGUCUCCCCUUACGUAGACCCACACGUCAUGGAGCUUUACCGCAAGAUCAAGGCCAAGGAAGUCACCACGUACAACCCCACCUCCGACCUGUCUAACGGAGGCACCCGCUCCGUCGUCGAGUUCUCUGCAGCCUCGGUGGCCGUGUUUGAGAACGAGAAGAAGGUGAACAUUGUCGUGAAGCGUUACGGUCUGCUCAGUACACAACACAUGGUCAAGUUUGAGACGUUCGACGGCACCGCCGAGGCAGGACAGGACUACAUCCCCAAGAAGGGCCAGCUCAUCUUUGAGCCGGGUGAAACCACCAAGAACGUCGAGAUCGAGAUCAUCGACGAUUACGAGUGGGAACCAGAUGAAACGUUCUUCGUCAAGCUCAACGUUGACACCAAGGGCUCAGCCAUCGUAGGAAAGCACAGCAUCAUCGAAGUCACCAUCAUCAAUGACGACGAACCUGGCACUCUGGAAUUCACCAAGACCAGUUUCAUCGUGAAGGAGAGCAUCGGUUCGGCCGUUCUACCCGUUAUCAGAAACACAGGCAGUGAUGGCAGGAUUGAAGUCUCAUGGAAAACUAAGGAUAUCGAGGCAGUCAAUGGCACGGACUACACCGGAGGCGAGGGCACGCUGACCUUCGAGCACGGCGAACGCGAGAAAUUCAUUGAAAUCCCCAUCAUUGACGACCAGGAGUACGAGAAGGAUGAAAGCUUCGAGGUGGAACUCUUCGAACCCACUGCUGGGUCGCAGCUUGGAAGACUCAAGAAGACCGUUGUCACCAUUAUCAAUGAUGAUGACUACACCUCCAUGUUGGACCGUGUCGUCAAGAUCACCCACGUCAACCUUGACAGGCUGAGGAUCGGCAACGCAUCCUACGCUGAUCAGUUCCGUGAUGCCAUGAACGUCAACGGCGGCGAUGUGGAAAGCGCAACCUUAUUCGAUUACGUCAUGCAUUUCAUGACAUUUGGGUUCAAGGUCAUCUUUGCCUGUGUGCCCCCUCCACACUUUCUCAACUCCCGGGGCUACAUCACGUUCGUGGUGGCCCUGUGUUUCAUCGCUGUCCUCACCGCCAUCAUCGGCGACCUGGCGACCAUCUUUGGCUGCCUCAUCGGCCUCCUGGCCCCCGUCACAGCCAUCACCUUCGUCGCCCUCGGGACCAGUCUGCCCGACACCUUUGCCAGCAAGACGGCCGCCGUCAACGAGGCCACGGCCGAUAACUCCAUCGGCAACGUGACGGGGAGCAACUCUGUCAAUGUGUUCCUCGGCUUAGGGCUUCCGUGGCUUAUAGCCGCAAUCUACUGGGGAGCCAAGGACGAUACCUUUGCCGUUCCCGCUGGGGGUCUUGCGUUCAGCGUGGCCACCUACACCAUCUGUGCCAUCAUGUGUGUUAUCCUCCUCAUGAUAAGACGCUACGUCGGAUUCUUUGGCAAGUCGGAGCUCGGGGGUCCCAAGAUCGGCCGCUACAUCUCCGCCGCCUUUCUCAUUACCCUGUGGAUGCUCUACAUCAUCCUCUCGUCGCUCUACGAGUACACGAUCAUCCAGUUGUAGGGCGUGGGCAGCCAUCCUGGGGGGGCGUUUCACAAAACUUGUCCUCAGUAACAAAUGACAAUUGUUGUUAUAAGCUACUGAAAUCCUCCCUCCUGAUUGGUUAUCAGCAGAUUUGUCACUCAUUUUUGUAAUUUGUCAUUGAAAAAGGCUUUGUGAAACAGGUCCCUGGACUGUCCUCGCCAGCCAGAAGUACACUGACCAAAUGCAUGUAUAAUGAAACCCGUAUAGAAAGACCGCCUACAGGAGACACAACUUGUUUUUACGAGCAGGAGGUCUUCAUACACAGGUUUCCUUUAAAACAUGUUUCAUUGAGAAGCAUUGUUUAAAGGGAAACAAAUCAAAAGUGGUCUUUCUAUACAGGUGGUCUUUCCACGCAGGUGGUCGCUAAAGCAGGUUAGACUGCAUAUCGUCGGUUGAGAAGCAGAAGGGUGUUAAUUCAUAUCCCUCAACAUUGAGUUAACACUCAUCUGGUUCUCAGGCUCAGGAGAUAAUAGGCUUAUAUACAGUAUAUGCGCCAUGGAGGGCAGAACAAGAAGCGAUGCAAUGAACGCAGGGUGCAACCAAAGGUAACCGCUGGAAACUAAUUCUCAUAUAUCGAAAAGGCACACAUGCGGGUAAAGUGUCUAGAAAACUAGGAAAAUGAUCAGGGAUGUGGUGUUUCUUCUGCAGUUGACAGCCAGAAGGGUGUUAUCUUAAAGGAAGCAGUCAAAGGUAAUGUCCUUCCGGCUGUUAGCAGUCAAAACACUGCGACAGUAUUGGAAAAACAAAGAAUUCAAAAUGCGCAGACGAACGGAAUUUCUACCAAAGAAUAGAACCGUGUGGAUGUGUACUACCUCACCCUCACAAUGACCACAAACCAAAAAUGUCAUUCAAAAUAUUUGAGGCACUUCUAUCUCGUAUGGGUGGAGUUAAACCUGAGAUGUAAUGGGGAGGUCAUGAGCGCAGUCUGAGGUCAUCUUGAAAGUGUUUAUGGGGACAUGGAAUUUGAAAAGUGGAAAUACUUAUUUCGUCUUCUGAUUUGGUGAUGCACAUCUAGGUAUUGGAUGGGUAGUGUGUGUUUAUGCAAUCCUGCACAUAUUGAUUCUGCGGUUAAACCACAUUUAGUCAAUUAAAAGUUUUAUGGAAUGAAGAAUUUUCAUGAGAAUUUUUUCAAUUUUGAAAAGUAAAAUGUUAUAGACAUUUUAAUGAAGAUCUAAAAGUAUAUGAUAUUACAUAUAAACUGCAUUUAGUACUAUCACAGGACUUGAGUUUCCUAUCAAUCAUUCGUAAGAUUUCUAAAAUAUUGAAAUUUUAAAAGCUUUUCUACGGUAUGACUAAAAAAUCACUUUCUAUGUCAAUUUGUAACAAACGUAUAUAAAAUUCAAUAUUUCAUAAAUUUUUAAAUAUGAAUGGUUGACAGGAAAACCAAACUUUGUGAGAUGACCGUAUAUUUGUUAAUAUAUGCUAUCAUUAAUUUGUAGAUUUUUAAAUAAAAAUAUCUACAAUAUUUUUUGUUCAAAAUAGAAGAUUCUCUGAAAAUGUCAGUCCAUAAUGCUUAAUAUUGACUAACUGCAGUUAAGAAAAGUAGAUUGGCUGUUAAAUCUGUUGAAGUUUCUGGUCAUGUCAAUGUCGUGAACUUGAUUUUGACUCUCAUAUCAAUAUACUUGCAGGAAGAAGAAAAGACAGGCAACUUUAUUCAAUUAAAGAUGUAGCCAUGUUUCUGCAACAAAAAAUGUACAAAAAAUGUUACCAAACUGUACAAUAUUAGCUAGAGAACUAGCAAUAGACGGUAGCUCGUAAGAGAAACACUCAGUGAAAUUAGCUAGUCAUUUUGUACAUUGUUUUAUAAAUGAAGUGAUUCGUUAAAAGUCACACCUUUUUCUCUGUCUCUUCCACUUUCUAUUUACAAGAUGUUAAGUUGUGUUAAAAGGAUCAUUGAAGGUUGGCAUUCUCGAAAUUGUAGGCCAAGUUGAAACCCUGAGUUAGUAAAUAGACCAUUUUUUCUUAAUGAUAUCAAAUUGAGUGAAUAAGUCUUUGUCAAAUGCCUACAAAUUAUUCCGUUCAUCUGUUAUGAAUAAUUGCAUUUCAAUAGUAAAAUGCAAAUCACAUUCAAUAUGUGUUGUUAGGGGGCAAGCCAUAAUGUUUGUCUUACCUAGCAACAACCAAUGUAGGUGAUUUGUAUUCUGACUAUUGAAUUACAAUUAUUCGUAAGAGAUGAAUGAAAUAAUUUUUACUUUGAUAACAAAGGCCGUUGCAUUAAAUUUGAUUACAUUACGAAAAAUGGUCAUUUUCUGCUUUCAAGAAUAUGGCCUUGAUGAAUGUGCUUUUUAAUUGAUGGUUUUUAAGAUAUAAAAAGUCCAGCUUUGUAUUUAUUGAAAUAAGAAAAUAUUCUUUUGCAUUCUGCAUGGUGUUUUAUCAUCAGUGUUUAAGGUCUGUUGCAUGAUUGUAUAUUUUCAAGUGGAGGGUACGUGUUUAUUGAACAUAGAUGUAUUUAUUCAUGUAUGGGGCGGAAACCAACAUAAUUCACCACGCCGUGUGAAAUAUUGCAGAUUGUUCAUUUCAGGGGUUUAUUUAAUUAGUUUAGCAAAUUACGAAUGAAAAUCUUCAAAGAUUCUGAAUGUAUCAACUCUUUAGAAUAUUGUGUCGCUGCUUUGAAAUGUCAUAAUGAUCUUAAAGCAGUGCAUAUUAAUCUAGCUGUUAUGAUUUUGUAGAGCUGUUUAUCUCAUGUCACAUUUUAGAUUGUAUUGAUAAUGUAUACUGCUGUCUAGAACAAUAUCCUUCUGCCAACAAUUUGUAUGAAUAAUUUUUGUUGAUUUAUGAUGUUUUAUUUUUGAAUGAAAUUUUGAACAAGCUUUUAUCAAAAGAUAUUUAUAAAAUUAACAUCAAUUAAAUUAUUAGUGGUAUUCAUACAGAUUGAUCAUUCAUGAAUAUAUGAAAUCUGCACAACUAUUUGAACAAUAAGCUGCCAAUUGAUUAUUAUAAAGUGUUCCUGUUGACUGUAAGCUAGAAAAGAAGAAAACGUAAUUUGUUUAGUUUAUUUUCUCGACUUAAGGUCAUGAAUAUUUAAAUUUGAAUGCAAAUUCAUUUUUAUUAAUUUUUUCAAGACAACAGAUUAAGCUCUUGUGGGUGAAUUUAUAUGAAUGUGUAUAAUGUGUUAAAGGUAAAAGGUUCUAAUAUAUCUAACCAUAUCAGAAAAUUCUAUUAAUGUGAAAAAGAGGGUAUGAUAUACAUGUAUCAAUUUACCUGUUUAGUACGAUGAAAUAACAUGUCAACUAUUAUACUUGGUGACUGAAAUCAUUUUUUGGGGUGUAUUUUGAUAUCUUCCCUUUUGUAUUUUUGUUCUUUUUCUGUCUUUCAAACACUUCGGGGAUCUCUUUGCCUUCAUUUCUAUGUCGUUUUCACUUAUUUCUAUCAGUCCAUUUACAACAUGCAUGUGUAAGAUCAUGAAAACAGUACCGUAUCGGAAAUCCAAAACGUACCUUCUGUCCAAAAUUGCGAGGAGAAAUGGCAUUUCAUCGUUCAACUCUAGUGCCUUUCUGCUUCUAAGAGUUAGAAUGAUUUAACCCAUAGGAUAAAAGAGGAGACAUGAUUUAUGUAUAUGAAGAAGGAGUUAUGACCUUUAAGCCCUAAUAAAGCACAGUGAAACUAGAGCAAACAAAAGCAUUUUUUUUAAAAUCUUCCUAAUUAGCGAAAAAGACUACUUUUGUAUUCACAUUUAAUGUUAGAAUCAUGGUCAUGUUUCCUAUUUCAUAGCAACAAAAAAAAAAACCAAGGGCUUUUUAACUUGAACCAUUCUUUGUGACAUUAUGCAAUAUAGGUGUGGCAAUAUUCUCAGACUUUUUAAAUAUUCAUUUGAGAUAAUCUGUGAUUUUGAAUAAUUUCGGAGAUAGAAGGACUUCCGGUGUGAUUUCUUCUUUUUAUUUCUGGACCCAAAAAUCCAGAUUUGAUGGACUGUUAAGAAAAGCUAGUUAGGCCAAAUGGCUAUGGAAAAUUUGAUAAUUGACAGGAAAGAAGGGUAUUAUGCUUAUUCAGGGAGAUUUAUUAAAGAUAGCCUGAGAAAUUAGUGAAAACUACUGUUUCUGAGACUCAUAUUUAUGCGAGCUCAUUGAGUUGUGCUUGGAAAUUUGUGAGCAAUUCGAGGCAGAAAACUCCCCUUGAGUUUUUUUUUUUAAUUCUGAAAUUCAACCACAAAAUAUGCUGACAGAGAGAAUAUUCAGCUAUUUAUAAGACACAAAAGUGAUGUGUAGAUUUAUAUUAGCUUUGUCUUGCUUUUAACUUGUGCAUAUAUAUUACGCAAGAUAAACUAUAGCUGUGUAGAUAAGGGACUUUGAACAAAAUGGCAAUAUUUAUGGAAAAUAUAAUUUUAUGUUUUCUUGCAACUAAGAUUUUUAUUUUUACUUUCAUUUUGUCAUAUUUCUCAUAGUUAUUCUUUUUUAAUCCCUCUGUAUUUGUAUAUGUCUUUUAUGUGUAGUAAACAUCUGUAUAAUGAUUAUGAUGAUGAUUUGUUAAUUUUAAUAAUAAAUUUGUAGAUGAGGGGUAACAUAUGUUUGUUUUAACCUCUAUAAACAGGGGAGUAUGCAUUUUUGGUCUAUGUUUAGAAAUAUAGAAUUGAGGAUCUGUACAGAUA